AUACAAAACUUGUGGGAUCACACUCCAUAAGCAAUGAAAUUGUAAUGAAAUUCGUGAAAAUAUUUUAUUUUGUUAAAUUGGUUAUCUCAUUAUCGCUAUGUAGCCAACACUGAAACAUGAAUGUAAUCCACAAUGGCUUUGGUACGCUGUUAUCCUCCCGGCACCUGCAGCUUCUGUGCCGCUCAAUGUACAGGAGCCUUUCGACAUGUGUUAGCAGUCACUGAAGAGCACCAAGAGCAAAUCCAGUCUGUUCUACAGAAGCUGAAUUUGGCAUCCCACUUUCGAAAACAGUUGUUCUAUGCGACUUGCGAUAUAUGCCGCAAAAUGAUUACUACAGAACAUCGGAUUCCGGAGGUUUGCUUCCAAAUUCGACCUAGCGCCGAGUUGUUAGAUGUUAAGGCGGAAUUGCGCGAGGAAUUAGAUGAUGCUGACGAUGAGCAUUCCGACAGCGAAAACACGAUGGAUGCUGAUGAACCGUCACCAUUCCCGCUAGAACCAACAACCGAAAUGCGUGUUCGGGGUGAGAAUGGUGAGAUAUUUGUGAUUAAUAGCAUUGGUGAGGAGGAGCUGGAUACCGGAGAAUUUCAAGGGUUUGAUCGCCUUUUCGAACAUGUACGUCAGCUAAAAAAAUGUCGCAAAAGAAGGGAAACUGUGCCAGAAGUUCAUCCAUUGAAAAAGAAUCGUGCAAUGCCAAUUCGGCAUCGAUGCCCUUACUGCAAUAAGGGAUUUGCUGACAAGUGUCUAAUGACUACACACAUUCGGUGGCAUACUGGUGAAAAACCAUUCAAAUGUAAAUACUGCGGUAAAGGUUUUUGUGAAAACUCGAAGCUUACACUUCAUGUCAGGACGCACACAGGCGAAAGACCCUUCACAUGUCCGUAUUGUCCAAAGUCUUUCACACAGUCAGUCACGCUUAAAAUACACAUUCGUGUGCAUACCCGUGAAACACCUUACGUAUGCGAAUAUUGUAAUCGAGGAUUUACCCAGUCGUACAAUCUAACCGUUCAUCUACGAACACAGCACAACCAGAUUACAGUAUACCGAGGUCGCGAAGUAGGCGUGAUACCCGAGCAUAAAUGUCACAUCUGUGGUAAAAUCUAUCGGUCUUCAAAAAGUUUCCAACUACAUUUGCAAUUACAUGAUACGGGAAAGCUCUUCGAUUGUCCGGAUUGCGGCAAAAAGUACACAUAUGUGCACAAAUGUAGGGCAAACGGUGAACACGUCGAAGAAAAGAAUAAAGCACACGACUGUAAAAUUUGCGGUCAAAAAUUCAAACAUCAACAAAGCGUGGUAUAUCACAUGAGUAGUAAGCAUAGGCAGUUUGAACAUGAACAUGAAGAUAAAGCGUCAACGGCAAUAAAACUUGAAAAUGAUGAAUGCCUGCACGCAGAAAUGAACGAGAGCAAAAAGUGAUCGUUUGAAUAUUCCAAGCGGCCGCAAUCAAAAUAAAAAGUAUCCCUAAAUUUACAUA